AUGGAACCACCCAAGGGUUUCAUGACUGUGGAGAAGGCCCUCUCCGCCAAUGCCAAGUCCACUAUCGUUCUCACAGAUCCAUCCAUCAAGGAUAAUGAGUAUGGUAUUAAGUUGAGCUUUUUUAGCAAAAUGGAAUUUCAAGUAAGCGAUAUUAGUUCGUCAGACCUCAUAGUCUUACGGAGCGUCAGGGUCCAAAUGAAUUCCAAUAACAUCUCUCUUAUAACCACCAAAUCACCGAUGAGCGAGAUUCACAUAUUGAAGUCAGCAAGCAUACCACGUGAUGCCUCCUUUCGGAAGCCCCUUCAAUGGAAAUCCACUUCCCCGUCAAGCAAAUCCUCGUAUUUGCUCCCUUCUUCAAAUGAGAUAUCUUACGCUGUGUGGGCAUUUUCAAAGGCAGAAGAAAUGUAUUUACCUACAGACCAGGAAUUUCAGGAGAAGACCGUUCAAGCAAUGAACGUAAAAGACAAAUUUACUCUACUGAGCGAUGUUAGCGCAGGAGAAACCAAUCAAUAUGCUAAGUAUUAUGAUCUGGUGGGCCAAGUUAUAAAAAUAUUUGAGACAUCUCAUGGAUUUGUUGAAUUGCAGUUCUCAGACUAUACUCCCAACAGCCACUUUUACGACCAUACCUACGAAGAGAACACGUCCAACGAUGAGAACCAUGAUUCAUAUGGUUACGGCAACAAAUCUUCCGAUGAGGCAGAAGAUCGCAGUUGGAAAGGCCCUUUUGGAAAAUUCACAAUUACCAUAACUGCCUUUGCAGAAAACGCCAGUCAGGCCCGAUCUAUGGAGGCAGGCCAAUGGUGCUUGUUGAAAAAUGUCAGGAUUUGUACAGGUGACGCAGGUACUCUGGAGGGGAAAAUACACAGUGAUAGAGGUAGAGUUUUGAUUCAAGCUCUGGAUACAAAUACGGAGCCAUCACUAGUCGAUCCACGAUUGAAAGAGGCAUUGAGACGCAAAAAGGACCACUGGAAGACAUUCAAUAAGAGACAGACGCAAAAAUCACAGCAUGUGCAAACGACAAAACAAAACACCAGCACGUCGAAAAAAAUUAGACAAGAAGCCGAGCAGAAGGCUACGGUUGGUCUCAAUGAAAAUGUAAGAUGUUCGUACCCGGACGAGCCGAUCAUCGGGAUUCGGGAGAUCCUUCAACCUGAAAAAAUCAUGGUACAAAGCAGCGGCAAGACCUUAUGGGCUCCAUUCACUAAUCGCAAGUAUCGCGCAAACGUGCGGGUUGUCGACUACUUUCCACAUCGCAUUGAAGAUUUCGCCAUCGCACGUCGCGUUACCGAAUAUGAGGCUCUCUCUGAUCAUAGUAGCGGAGAAGAUAGCGAUGAUAACAAUACACGGGGUCAAGGCAACCAUGGAAGAUUCGCAUCUAAGGUUGUUUGGGAGUGGAGAUUUGCCUUGCAAGUUGAGGACGCCCAGGCAAAGAAUGGUGAGGAUCGUGUGUGGCUUCUUGUCAACAAUUCACAAGCACAAGGUCUACUUGGUUUGGAUGACGAUGCCUCGAAUCUCCGUCUAAAUCCACAACUGGUACAAAACCUGAGAAAUCAAUUGUUUCAUCUCUGGGGUGAUCUCGAGGAGCGAAUCGCCGCAGGACUACCUCGUGAGGAUGAUGAUAUUCCACCAUCUACAGACGAAAGCUUUUUGUCUGCAACAUCACAAACUCGCCGAGCAGGAGAUCAGCCAGACGCGGAUGAUAGUGAUAAUGAGCUUGAUACUACUACAAACACACCAUUGUCUGCACAGAGCGGCGCUGCAACUGGACAAACAUCCACCGACCCGGUGACCGCUCAUAUCUCGACGAAUGAAGGAAAGUCGGAUGUCGCCCCCAGAAACAAGCCAUUCACGUGUUGCAUUCAGCAAUAUGGUAUUCAGCUUUCAGAAAAAGACCCUUCUAAAGCGAAUGCUGGAAAUGGGAAAAGAUGGCAGCGAAUCUUUGGUAUUCAUGGAACGACAAUUCCGGCGUAG